AUGGCCUCUCUAACUUUGUCUUCGGGGAUUGAAUCGCCUUCAGAGCGAGAGAACCAACUCUUUGCGAUAUUGAAUGAAUAUGCCCAACCUUCUAGCUCAACCACAGCUUCCGCAGCCGCACAAAGUAUCCAUGGUUUCGCAGCUCCACUUCUGUCUGAUUCCAAUGCGGAUAGCCUAGAGAACCUGCUUUGGCAGGUUUGGAAUAUUGUUAUCAAUGUCGCGAAACAGAUCCCAUGUGACAGUCCAUCGCAGGAACGGUUAGUGGAACUUGUGAAGGCGCUGACCGACAUACCACCGACAACGAUACAAAUUUGGGGUAAUGAUACUAAACUCUGGGUGGAUUUACCUCUUCUGGGGCCCGAAAUGAGAGAAGCCUGGAACCUCACUCCAACAGGCAACGAAGCCGAAGAGAAAAUCAAAGAAUGGAUCAACCUUAACUCUUUCGUCGCACGCCUACUGAGCCUUGGCCUCGCACCAUGGACCAAUCUCGCUGUAUGGGCUCUCCGGGAUGCCCUCGAGGAAGAAUCGUCGGGGAGGAAGGUGGAGUGUGACAUUGCCGUGGCUAGGGAAUGGUUCAAACAUGGUGGGCCUGUUUUGCGACAGCAAACCAUGGCUGCAGAGAACAAGGAAGAGCGGAUUAUGGCUGGUGGAUCAUUGUACCAGGGACCGGCCAAGCUGUGCCCUGAACGAUGGAACUUCUGGAAGGAGCGUCUGAGUCAGAUGAGCGAUCAGGGAGGUGAGCUGGGACAGGUUGCGAGUACAGCGAAGACGGCAAUGGAUCACCUGGAAGAGUAUUGGAGCCGGCUACUUAUCGUCCUCUCGAUUGUUGGGGCUGUGGUAGCUACGCUCUUCUACCUUCUCCGGUUGUAUAGCCAUUGCCUUGGUACCGGGAAGCUGGACGCUGGCGAUGUACUCCUAGGUUUAGGACUGGUAUUAUCUUAUGGCAUUACCAUAACGACCGUCGUCGCUGCAUUGGAAGGCGUUGGUAUAGACCUUGCAACUCUGUCGUGGAGGACUCUUCGUCGAGUAACAUUGGAGAUGUUCUGGAUCGCCCAGGAAUUCUGGCCAGCCGUCCAGGUCUGCAUCAAGGUGUCCAUCAUACUUCUUCUUCGGAGGUUCCUGGGAUCUGUCAAGAGCGUACUUCCUCUUACACUUGUUCUCGCAGUUUUUACUAUCGCAUGGGGAUUGGCAGCUCUAGUUGCGAAUACCUUCCAAUGCUGGCCACCGCAGACUUUUUGGAAUCACGAAAUUGGGGGCCAUUGCGUGAGUGGACAGAAGGCCCUUUUUAUGGCUCUUGGAUCCGUGUCAUUCCUCGAGGAUAUAGUGUUGUUGGCAAUCCCAUUUGCCAUAGUAUGGCAAAUGCAAAUAGCGCCACGAAAGAAAAUACUGCUUACCAUCUUGUUCUGUAUGGGUGGAAUGGUUUGUAUUUUUAGCCUCUUGCGCCUGAUCGUAUUCAGGUAUUACCCAGAAACCAACCUCACUGAAAGCGGCACAAAAGAAAGAAUCUGGACGCUCCUCGAAAUUGAUAUUGCGGUCGUCUGCGCCUCGGUCGUCAUGAUGCCACCCUUGUUUAAACGUUGUACCGAAACCUGCAGGAGAACCUACCAGCAAACAAGAAGUCGCUGGACGACAGCGGAGUUUCCUGAACAGACGGACCGUUGGCCACUUCAUAAGCACUGCACGAACCUCUCCCUGGAUGGUGGCUCCGAAGUGCGAUCACAGGCUUACCCUCCUUCGACUGUAGAUGUGCGCGAUCGCAGAGCAAACAUAGCAGGAGGUUGUAUCAGAGUCGAGACGACUAUCCUUCGGGACGUUCAUGACCGCGAUAUGCUUUGGCCGCAGCCUGGGAGAAGCUCCUCGACCUCGGGGGUACCAUCGACCCUUGCGGGGGAGGAUAAGGUGCUUGAUGAUAUGUUGAACGUUGACUUUAGUGGUGUUGGUGAGCACUCACCAAAUCGGGAAUGUCAGAAGCUCAGGCCGACAAGCACUAUAUAUUGGAGACUUCCUGCUAUUCAGGCUGAGAGACUCGGAGAACUGGAGCUGCCAUGA